UCCCUAGUUGGUAGCUACCAUUUUGCAAAAGUUUUUGCUCAACACGUGCUCGGCGCUUGAAGUUUAGAUUUUAAACUAUAUCAAAUAAUUGAAAUGGCUGAGGAAUCAUUCUAUGGUGUCACCCUAAGCGCGGAAAACAACAGCGUCACCUGGGACGUUGUCGCCGAUGAGGACUAUGCACGCGGUCAGAAGCUGGUUAUCAAGCAGAUUCUGCUGGGCGCUGAGGCGAAGGAUAAUGAAUUCAACGUGGUUGAGGUGACCACAAUGAAGGAUUCUGUACAGAUUCCCAUUGCUGUAUUGAAGGCUGGCGAGACACGCGCAGUCAAUCCCGAUGUUGAGUUCUACGAAUCCAAGGUGACGUUUAAGCUGAUUAAGGGCAGUGGACCCGUCUAUAUACACGGCCAGAAUAUCAAGGAUGAUGUUGAGGUUGUUGAUAUGGAGGAGGAGGAUGAUGAGGAUGAUGGCGAAGACGACGAGAUUGAGCAUCCAAAGAAACGUGCCAAAAUCGAGCCGAAUGCUGAUGGCAAAAAUGCCAAGACCCCGAAGAAGAAGUAAAUGCCAAGCGUUGAAGAAGAGGAAGAAAGAUGUCUCUAAGCUAAAUCUGUAGAUUUUAAAAGUGUUUUAGGCCCUAUAAACAAUACAAUUACAAUACAUAACAUAACAUAACAUACGAUAUGUAAAACUUGCAACAUAUAUAUUACAACCUACUAUUUAGUUCCUUUCUCUGAGAUUCUUAAAAUCAGCAACAACAUUCAAUUCACUUACUAAAGUACUAUGAUUACUGAUGAUGUAUACAGACGACUAACACCUAUGCAAUAAGCCAAGUUAUGUAAACAGUAAACAGUGAACAGUGAACACCAGCGAAUAGUGAACCCUAUUUGAAGCACAUAUUUGUAUAUAAGUACUUUACAAAACAAAAAUAACUUCAAUUCAAGCUGAACUCUUAAAGCUGUACUCAAUUUUUAUACAUCAACAACAAAAAAUAAACACAAAC